CAGUGUUGAGCUCCGAGCGCCGCCGUCGCUCAGCCGAUCGAUGCGCCAGCUCCCCGGAACAGGAAGCGCCUCCGCCAGCACACGCCUUACGUGGAUGGCAUGGAAGGAAAGGUCACUCCAUGGGUUCGCGAUGUUGCUGUUCCGGUCUUUUCGUCCGCGUGCACUCGCCAUCUGCGUGGCCAGCGCCGCCCUCGUGCUCAACAUCCGCAGGCGAAGUACACUCCCGGAUCGACAGGUGGCAGCAAAAGCGCACAACACCAGCGCGUACUUUACCUGCCUGGACGUGUUUCGACUUUCGGCAUACCGGUACCGCUGGGAGCCGGCGAGGGCCGAUUUCUGUACGUCUCGCACGCUGAGCCCACAGCAGGUCCGCCGGUGCGUAGAGGCGGGACCGGGCGUGCGGCCCAUGCGGGUUGUCUUCAUGGGCGAUUCGAGGCUCAGACAACUGUUUGCGAGCACGCUCCGUCGCCUGCAGUUGCCAAUGCUGAACCGCAGCGUUGAGCUGCCGCUGGGCCACGACCCGCACUACGCCAGCCUGAACAUGACGAAGGCCCCUGACAACUGUUUCGAGAUAUUUAAGCUGUCGAUGCCGUUCGAAGGAGAAAAGAAGCCGCGGAAGCUCUUCUUUUGUAGCCACAGGGGCGGCACGCAUUGGCUACGGCUCGACUACUUAUGGCGCGUCUAUAUGUCGCGUUCGUUCCGGCGCUCGGUGGACCAGAUGGUUGACGCGUGCAUACGCCAUCCGGCCGCCUGCCCGCGUCUGGUCCUCCUUGGCAGUGGCCUCUGGUACGCGCGCCGUUUCGCCAUCACCGAGACGGCGUCGGCAGCCGAUUGGGCACUGCGCUUCCGGCGAGACCUGGCUGCCCUGCUUCCUCACCUGCGACGGCUGGCCGCCGUCACGCGCGUCGUCUGGAAGCUGGACGAGCCUCAGUUCAAGGAGGAGGCGGGCUGGGGCAAGCCAGGCAUCGUGAUGCCGGGCCUCGGCCUGACACACGCGCUUGUCUACAGCAUGACAGCCGGCAUCGCCAACGUGACGGUGUGGAGCUCUAUGGUGCCCGAGUCGAUCGACUUCUUCCGCAGCGUGUGCUGGCUGGGUCGGCAACAACCCAACUUCAACACAUAUCCGCUGUUUGCAGAAUGCCAGGACAUGCACCACGUGGGUGCCACACUGUUGGACCGCCACGUCACGCAGUUGUUCAACUUCCUGUGCCGAGGCUCAGACGCGUUAAGCCCCGGCAACUGCUGCCACUAGCGGUGGCGGGACGCUGCGACCAGGGCUCCCGCGAAGGCCUUUGGCGCCCGCUCCGGGUCGCGCAGAUAAGGGUCACGUGCACGCGUACCACG